UUUCAGGGAAUGAAUUUUAUAGCAGGAUAUCUGAUUCUCAUCACAAAUAAUGAAGAAGAAUCUUUUUGGCUGUUAGAUGCUCUUGUUGGAAGAAUACUACCUGAUUACUACACCCCGGCCAUGCUGGGCCUGAAGACCGACCAGGAGGUGCUGGGAGAGCUGGUUCGGGCAAAGCUGCCGGCCGUGGGGGCCCUGAUGGAGCAGCUCGGCGUGCUGUGGACGCUGGUGGUGUCCCGCUGGUUCAUCUGCCUGUUUGUGGAUGUCCUGCCUGUGGAGACAGUGCUUCGGAUCUGGGACUGUCUGUUCAACGAAGGCUCGAAGAUUAUCUUCCGGGUGGCCCUGACCUUAAUUAAGCAACACCAGGAGUUUAUUUUGGAAGCCACCAGCAUUCCAGACAUUUGUGAUAAGUUUAAGCAGAUUACCAAAGGGAGUUUCGUGAUGGAGUGUCACACGUUCAUGCAGAAAAUAUUUUCAGAACCCGGAAGCUUAUCCAUGGCCACUGUCGCCAAACUCCGUGAGAGCUGCAGGGCCCGCCUGCUGGCGCAGGGGUGAGAGCGCCCGGCCCUGGGUUCCGUGUCCCCAGGCUGACGACGAUUCCCCUUUGCAGAGUUGACACCGGACCAACCGUCACUGCUUUCCUUCUUGUCGUUGUAAAUACUUGACGACGUCACUACACUUUAGUUGUGAAUUUUUUUAAAGAGAAGUUUAAAGUCAUUCUACCAGCUUUUGAUUAUAGCUAUGAGGUCAUACUUUUCUAAAGAAAACUUAUUUUUACCUGAAGACACCAAUAAUUUAUAAAAUGUGAAUGUGCGUAUCUAAUAAAGUAUGCCAACACCUGUAAGCUUGUGA